AUGUCCAUUCCAGAAGAAAGACGCGUAGGUGAUGAUGCCACCAAGGAGGACAGCUUCAAACAGCUAAUCGAUGAGUAUUCAGCUCUGGAACUUGGGGAACGAGAAGCGACCGACGGGUCAUUAACCUCCGAGAAAGCUGAUAGCGAGGGAGCCCAGGCAUCGAUAAACUACGCCAGUGACCAGCAGGAGCAAGAUGCCGAAGAGAUUCACGAUUUGGGAACUGAACAAGAGGCGGAAGAGUGGACGAAUACAUACCGAACACCGACAGAGCAAGCGAAACUCUCAUUUUCGGAGAAUAGAAGGCUUGGAGAUCUUCAUAGUAAAUUGAGCAAUUAUUAUCUAAGCCAUCCCUCACGAUUUGAUGCACAGUUCAAUACAAUCAACGGCCAGCUUCAGUCUCAGAAUGAUGAAGAAGAGGCUGUGAAUACCCAAGCCUCGAACUCUCAUAAUGAUGGCCAUCCUGAACAAGGAUCCGGUGGGGACCCACAGGGUCAAGGUAGCUCUGAAGCCGCCAAAAAUCCUCAGACUCCACCGUUCCCUCCAGAUGAUUUACGCCACACCAGGUCUCUGGAAUCAUCUCAGAUGAGCAACCCCGAAAUUGACAAGGAUUUUCCAGAGGACAAUUCUGCCGAAUUGUCUUCGAUGGGGAUGGAACUUGGCGUAGCGAACUCACCUCGCCAAGGUAGCUACUGUUUACAAAGUCGCAGCGAUAAUGCUACUGAUAACGAUGGAUCCCUAGGCUACCUUUGUCCAGUCUCUGGUGGCCCAUGUGAGCUCUCGUCCAACCGAGAACCCAUCAACAAUGAUCUAGUAGAUGGGUGGGGAAAUUUUCGCCGAUCGACCUUCGUGAUUAUUCGAUGUGGACCACAUCACGCGGCCAAGUAUCGUUUCGAGUACUGGCCGAACUAUAAAAAUCACUCUAUGGCCAAAAUCUCGGAUCGGGCUAAACGAAUCUCUUCUCUGGAAGACACAGACAGGUCUGGUGAGACGGGUUGGCGGUACGUGCACGAGAACAUAAAGGACGUGCAUGGCGUGGUUUCAGAAGCGCGCAAUCCAUGUAAAGAUUACAUUCAGAACUGGAAGACACUCGCGUUGCACGCAUCGGCCCGGAAACGAAAAAGAAAUAAAUGUAGAGAGGAAGUCGAUAAAAGUUUACCGAUGAAUAGUAUGUUUCUCGAUAACCAAUAG